GCCGCCAACUACCCCAGCAGAUCAACGCGACACUCACGCCACUUCCCCGCCGACCGAAUGCGCAGCGAACUGAAAAUUGCCAAUAAAUUCCCGAUUCUCCCUCCGACAUUCUGUUCUUUGCGCGCUGAUUAACGCGGGUUUCGUGGUUUCGGAGCGCGGUUGACGUUACCACAUUUCCCGGCGCCGGCUUUUACGUCUCGACCAUAUGCACUUUGUGACGCGCCAUCCAUGACGACCGUCAUUCGCACCCGCCACCCGUUGCAAGUCAUUAGCAUGAGCAACGAGCAGCCUGGAUCGAGGAAAAGCAAGCGCCUUGCGGCCACGUCGGUAUAUGACGAACAAGAUGGCGACUUCCAUUUCACGCGCGGGUCGAAAUCGAAGCGAGUUAAGAGCGCGGAAUCCGAGCCGGAGCCAGAGACGGGACCAGAACCUGACCCCGCGCCGAUUGUCGCGAAGAAAUCAGGAAGGGGCAGGCCCGCGAAGGCACGCGCUUCAGCAGCGGCCAAGGCACCCGAACCGACCCCAUCGGUAACGGCACCCAAAGCAGCGACUUCAUCGAGGCCCCGGACGCGACGAACCGCGAGUUUGCAGCCGGCAGAGGAAGAUGAGCUGGAAUUCGUUGCACCAAAGCGUACGACGCGUCGAAGCACGCGCAAUUCUACGGGCAAAGCAGAUAAGCCGGAGAAGGAAAGACCGCUCAACAGACCACCACCAGUACCGGAGGAAGACCACGAUGCGGCAACCGCGACACCAAUGGAAGUGGAGAGGCAACGGACGCCUCGCGUCAUGGACGAGCCAGUCGAAUCCGAGAAAAUAACGCUUCCUGUCAGUGACACGCCCGUCAUCAAUAGAAACAAGGAGAUGCGGAAAAAGGGGGGCGGCAACCGGCGGAGCAGCACGGGCAUGCGCGGCAGGAGAGCAAGUUCUCUAAUCGAGAGCGGACACAACGCGAUUCCCCAUCGGGAGGUCGAAACUGCGGAAUUUUACAAACACAUCGAGUCUGAAGGCCUCAUGGAACCGAGGCGGAUGAAGCAGCUGCUAACCUGGUGCGGCGAACGAGCACUGCUGGAAAAGCCGCCGCAUGGUCAAACGGAUUCCAACACGAUUCUGGGUGCUCGCUACAUCCAAGAGCAACUACUCAAGGACUUUUCGACGAAAUCGGAAUUCUCGGACUGGUUCAGUCGAGAAGAGGGACCAAAGAAGCCCGUGAUCUACAAGCCGAACCCACGUAACAUUGAACACCAACAGAAGAUUGAGCAACUAGAACAGAAAGUCAAGAGACUUAAAGAAGAGAAGAAGAAGUGGCUGGCGCUGAAGAGAUUGCGUACAGAAGUCUCACCGCUAUUUCCAGAAGCAGGUGCCGCGCAAACAGCAAUGGCCGAUGCAUCAGUGCUCGAUCCGAACGAGGCAGAAAUGCUGAGCUGGCUCACCAACCCGGCGUCUUCGUUUGAGAACGUUCGUGCCAAGACGCUCUCUCGCCUGCGAAAUACCCAAUCAACGCUGGAGUUCAAGGUGGAUCAGCUCGCUGACGGUAUACACAAGCUCUUGCAGCGAGUUGAUACGGCAGGCCGAGAGGCGGAUAAGGUGCUCUCGCUGAGCGCUGCGCGGCUCAAGGAGCGAGAAGUAAGGGAAAAGGCCAAUGCUGGCACCAAAGAGAUGCCCGUCAUGGAGGUGCUGCGCAGCCUAGGUAGGAUACUACCAGAGGGCGCGGAGUAAAGAAUAAUGUUUAUACGAGCAUCUUCCUCUUCCCGCCUGUAGCGUGCUCAACGCUCUCUUCCUUCGAUGGAGAUAAUGACUGGUAUGAAAUUGUGUGUGGUUGGAAGGGAAGUUUCCGCUCACGCUGUGCUUCUCCGGGACUCGCAGACUUUCUGGAAUGGAUCGGGCUGGCAAACAAGCAAAUUCUUUGUCUUUAUUUUCGCUUGACGGUCAUGAAAUGGCGCCUGAGGGGUUUCUAGGGAAGAUGCAGAAACAUGCAUCUUGAGGGAGUUUUCAGUUACGCAAUACCCACGUUGUCUUUUGCUCGUCGGCAAGGAUUCCUAUGUAUAUCUCGGAUACUGAAUCCGUUACAAUCUCGAUCCCAUUUGGCGAGAACUCAGUCGAAAAAGAACAGCUCAUGUUAGCCUACAGUCAUCCGACGAGACAACUGAAUGCAAAGUGAAGGAAGAUGUUCUUCUAGGCGAU